AUGCAGGACUACCUCAUCAACUGGAACGCCGGCCCGCUAGGCGUCGUACUGCGGCCCGACCUGGGCGCCGACAUGCCGCCGGUCGUGGCGCAGCUGCUGCCGCAGCCGUCGGUGCUCAAGCUCGCGGGCGUGCGCGAGGGCGACCUGCUCAUCAGCGUCAACGGCAAGAAGACGACGCGCCUCGGCUACGAGAAGGUCGUGCGCCUGCUCUUCAAGGAGCGCCUCCCCAUGGUGCUGCACUUCCGCUCGCCGCUGCAGGUGCCCGAGAUGCAGCGCGGCGUUUCGCAGGCCAUCGCUGAGGAGCCCUCGACGGGGCGCGGCCGCGCGCGCUCGCGCACCAGCAGCUCCCAGCAGCAGCCUCAGAGCCGCGCGCGCGGCCGCUCCGAGGCCGACAGCGCGCACGCGCUCAUCGAGCAGAAGCGCAACCCGAGCGCGCAGAACUUCAGCGUCGAGAGCGACGUGUCGGACAAGGAGACGAAGAGGAAGAGCAAGAGCAAGCACAAACACAAGAGCAGGAGCGGUGCCAAGGCCGAGGCCGAGGAGCGGCGCCUGCGCAAGCAGUACAGCGUCGUGUGGGAGCGCGGCUCGCUCGGCAUCUCCUUCCGCGCGUACAACUCCAAGGUGAACGUGCCGUGCGUGGACUUCAUCAGCGCCAGCAGGGGCCAGGGCCGCGGCAUGGACCGCGUCUGCGUCAACGACGUACUCAUCGCCAUCAACGGCGAGAAAACCAAGGCGCUGGGCGUCGAGAAAGUGCUAAGGUGGCUGCACGUCAUCGAGAAGCCCGUGGUGCUGCGCUUCCACGCGUCCUCGAACCGCAUCUUGAACCCCGCGGGCGGGCUGCUGCCCCAGCUCGCGGACGACGAGGAGCGGCCGAGGAGACCCACGAUGUCCUCGGGGGCGCAGCCGGAGUACGAGCCCGCGCCGCGCCCGCCGCGUCGCAACAACAGCGUGGACCAGCCCGCGUCGCAGCAGAGGAUGACCGACAGACGCUACUCGGACGACAGGGAGUACGAGCUGGAGCCGACGAGCAUGCGCAGCGAAGGACGACGAUACUCGCGGGACAGCGCCACGCACUUCGAGCAGCAGCCGAUCGAGGAGUACGAGCCGCAGUUCCAGCUCACUGCCUCCAAGGUCGAAGUGAAGGAGCGACGCUACUCGACCAACUCGGCAAGCGCCUUUGCUACGCGCGGCGACGACGGCGUGGAUGGAGACUUCCGCCGCGAGCACAUGGACGACGAGCAGCCUCAGUUCGACCUGCGGAUCGACGCGCACAGCAUCCCGCACCGCCGGCAGCAGCAGCAGCAGUCGCAUGAAGAGCCCAGCCGCUACAGCCAGCAGCCGUCCUCGCGAUCCCGCUCUGGUUCUACCGCGCGUGACGACGUUCGACGCCAGCAGCAGCAGCAUGCUCAGCAGGAAAGCAAACCCGCUCCUCCGCCCCCGGUUACGAUGCCCGCCGCAGUAGCUCGGCCACGCUUGACUUCUCACGAUAGCCAAGUCAGCAGCUCGUCGCACAUGAGCUUCGAGGAGGCAGCCGACGUUGUCGCGCGCGCUACGGGAAAGCCCAUGGAGGAGUGCGAGUUCGGCGGCGUGCCGCUGCUCAAUAUCAAGGAAGGAACGGUGCAAGCCAAGCUCAUGUUCAUCUACGCCAAGGCGUGUCUGGCCAAGGAGGGCACUUCGGACGACGAGCCUGCAUCGAAGGACCCCCAGCUACCCCGGACGCCCGGCAACCCGCUGGGACGGAAGACCCACUCGAAGUACCUGUCGUACACCAUCUUGCAGGACGAUACCGUGACAUCGAACCACGCUUCGGCCCAAAAGGACGGAGAUAUGGUGGAGCUCGAAAAGGAGCACAAGGUCGACAAUGGCGUGGAAUUUAAGAAGAGCGGCGUGUUUGGCCACAACCUGGACGAGAGUUUUGCGAAGAUGCAGAAGGACAUUUCGAUCCCGACGCCUGCUGUGACCCCGCCACUUUCCUCGGUCGGGCCGUCUUCCUCGGUUAGCAGUGACGCUGCUCCGAGUGUGACGGCCCCCUCGGUGUCUGCGGCUCCGGCUGACGACUUCAUUUCGCUGAAGGACUUUGUCGUGAAGGGUGAUGGCAGUCUCACGGAGCAACACACCACUCGGAGUGUGAACAGCACCGCAACACCGGUUCAUUCAACGGAUGACGGUGAGGCAGACAAGACGGAGGAGCACCAAGAGAAGCAGCCCGAGCCUAUUGCUACUGAGACGGUUGACGUUGCUAUUGCUGAGGUGAGCAGUGGCGCGGUUAUGGAAGAGGUCAAGACCGCGGAACCGGAGGUGGUUGAUGAUGAAUCUCAGGACGAAGUGGGGCCAAUUUCGGGCGAGGACAAGCAAGAGGAGGAGCUCCCGAAGGUGCUUGAAUUGGUCAAGGAAAACGUGGAGCAGCUUGAUCACGCAAAUGCGAACGAGAAUGAUAAGGAGCCAGAGCAGCACGAUGACGACGAUGCUGCUAGCGUCGACAGUUCGAAUGAGCGCGACCUAGCAGCGAGCGUGGCAUCCCUCGACGACCUUCUUGACCUCCCACUCAAGGACGGCGCUCACGAUGACGUAGAGCAUGAAGAAUUUGUCGACGAUGACGAGGAGGAGGAUGACGAUGACAAGAAGCACGCGAACGAAAAGGAGUCUAUGAACACGUCGUUGGGCUUGAAACUGGACCAGGUGCAAGAAGAGGAGGCUGACGAGACGGAAAACCACGAGGAGCACAAGGAACACGACGAAUCUGAGGUCCAUGACAAGGAAGAAGCGCACGAGGAGCACGAUCAGGAUGAAGAAGAGUACGAGGAUGGAGCGCUGAGCAACCCUCUGGUGAACGAGCUUUUCCGGAAUAUCCCGGAUGUGCGCGAGGUCAUCAAGGACAAGCCCGCCCUCGUGGUUCUUGUCAAGAAGAGCAUGAUCGAUGAGAUCCAGGAGAUCCUCCAGAGUCUGCAGAUGGAGCUGCAGUUUGAGCGUCACUCUACCAUGGCGGUCGGCUCUACGGCUGUCCCGCUGGGUGACUCUCAGAUUGGGCGUAACACGGAGGGCCAGCACUGUUACAGAUGUGGUGCCACCGGUGAGCUCGCCGAGCUGGACGUUGCUGGGGAACCGCGCGAACUGUACUGCCAAGAGUGCUGGGAGAUGUUCUUCUUCAGUGAGGACCGCCGGUCGCCCGUGACCCGAACCAGCAAGACCCUUGCUCCGUCCGAGGCGGGCCGCCUCACGGCGGACGAAGACGCGUUGGACGAAGCGCUCAAGUACAGUUUCCACGACAGCUCCAUCACUCGCGAGGACAUGAUCCACCCGUGGCGGUACCGAAUGGGCAGCGACUCCAUGUCGUCAUCCAUCCGGGACUCGAGCGACUCAAGUAUCACUGACCGCACGGACGAGGUCUGGCUGUAG